UCUCACCAAAUCCAGGCCCGCGGGCUCCGCUCCGCCACCGGCCCCCGCCCGCGCCCCCGCCCACCUGCGCUCCGGGAGCGGCGCCGCGCCCCCGCCCCGCGCGCUGGCCCUGGGGUGCCCGGCCCCAGCUCCCCCCGCACUGAGCAGGGCGCGGGGAGGUGUGCAUCAACUUGCACACUUGUUGAAGCGACCCCAGGAUGCAGCACCGAAGCUUCCUCCUCUUCGCCCUCCUCACCCUGUUGGCGCUCACCUCCGCGGUGGCCAAAAAGAAAGACAAAGUGAAGAAGGGCGGCCCGGGGAGCGAGUGCGGGGAGUGGACCUGGGGGCCCUGCACCCCCAGCAGCAAGGACUGCGGCGUGGGUUUCCGCGAGGGGACCUGCGGGGCCCAGACUCAGCGCAUCCGGUGCAGGGUGCCCUGCAACUGGAAGAAGGAGUUUGGAGCUGACUGCAAGUACAAGUUUGAGAGCUGGGGGUCGUGUGAUGGGGGCACGGGCACCAGAGCCCGCCAAGGCACCCUGAAGAAGGCACGGUACAAUGCCCAGUGCCAGGAGACCAUCCGCGUGACCAAGCCCUGCACCCCCAAGACCAAAGCUAAGGCCAAAGCCAAGAAAGGGAAGGGAAAGGACUAGAGGCCAGCACUGGACGCCUGGGAGCCCCUGGCCUUACUGGGGGCCUGGCCCAGGCCCUGCCACCCACAGGCCCACGAUGUAACCCGCCAGUGCCUUUUGUCUGCUCUGCUCUGAGCUGCCGAUCAGGCCCUGCUCUUCCCUCUCUCUCCCCCACCCCCACCCCCACCCAAGUGCCCAAGGUGGGGAGGGACAGGGAUUCUGUGCAGCUUGAGCCCCCCCAAAGCGAUGGAUUCCCGCACCCCUUUUGUUCUUCCCCACAAUGAUGCCAUUGCUAAGAAACAAAAUAAACUGUCGUUUUUCUCCCAAUAAAAGUUUUUCUUUUAAUAUA